AUGAGGCAUCUGGGUUGUUGUGGUAGGCGAUAUGGCUUACAUGUGGCUUCUUGUCACGACAGUGGCGUGGCCUCACUGCGACGUAACCUCACAGAUGAGAAGGUUCCACGUAAAGGGAGAAGAGUGAACGCUGAAAGGCGCCACUCCUCGGGUAUCCGGCGAUUGGCAUCGCUGAAGACCGGAGAAUUCACUCACAGCCACUGCUUUUAUACUCGCCGUUGUGUGCGUGCAUCGCCCUUCGUGGUGCAUGCGUGGGUGCUCACGCGUAUAUGCAGACCUCCUGAGUGGCACUUACACAUACCCAUCAAUGUCCGAUCGAUAGGAGUGGUGCCGUUCUGCCUUCUGAUUGGUGAAGAGGGGCGUGCACGCAUCAAGACAAGUCGUAUGGGCGCGCAGUGCUCCCAGACCUCCUCACAGUCAGAGGAGUCCAUAUAA